AUGUCGUCAAUAAAUAAUAUAACACAAUUAUCGAGAAAAUCUUUGAAUUCCCUAUUCAUCAGAUCUAUAAAAGCUGAUGGAGCAUUGGAUGUGAGUAGGGAAAUAAGGAAGAUUUUGACUGAGAAGGCUGCCAAUUUCAACAUCGCUCUGGAUAAUGUGUCAAUCAUUGCUGUAACAUUUGGGAGGGAAUUUACAAAUGCAAUUGAGGCCAAACAAGUGGUUGUACAAGAAGCUGAGAGGGCUAAAUUCGUUGUUGAAAAGGCUAAACAAGACAAGAUAAGUGAGGCUACAAGUGCACAACUGAUGAGCAAAACUAUUGCUAACAAUCCGACAAUUAUCACCCUAAGGAAGAUUGAAGCUGGGAGAGAAAUCGCUCGCACAAUAUCAAAAUCUUCCACUAAGGCUUAUCUUAACACGGAUGAUCUCUUGCUGAACCUUCAGGAGAUGAAUUUGGAGCCUGCUGUGAAAAGAUAG